AUGCCCAGCCUGGCCCAGCCCACCACCUCGUCGUCCUGUCCCCUUGCCAGCAGCACACAGCCCUCCACCCAGCUGUCCCAUCCCCACACCCCAGCAGCACCCAGCCCGCCACCCUGCCAUCCCGUACCUGCGCCCCAGCGGUGCCCAGUCAGCUCAGCCCGCACCCGCCUUCCCAUCCCCACACUCAUGCGGUGCCCAGCCCGCCACCCCGCUGUCCCGUCCCCACGCCACAGGCGGCGCCUAGCCCAGCCCAGCCCAGCUCACACCCACCAUCCCGUCCCCACGCCCCGACGGUGCCAAGCUCAGCCCACCGCCACCAGCCGACCCGUCCCCCAUGACCCCGUGAUGCCCAGCCCAGCCCAGCUUCCCACACCGCUGUCCCGUCCUUUGCCCACGGCGGGGCACCCAGCCCAGCGCUGCCCACCACCCAACCUUCCGCCCCUGCGCCAUGGUGGCAACCUGCCCAGCAAGCCCCACCAUCCCGCCCCCGCUGAGCCCAGCCCAGUCAUGCUGCCACACCGCUGUCCCGUCCCUGCUCUGGCGAUUGCCCAGCCCACGUCCCCCGCUCCGAACCCAAGGGCACCCAGGUACGGUCCAGCACACCACCCCGCCAUCCUGUCCCACACCCCCGGCGAUACCCAGCCCAGCCCGCCACCCUGCCGUCUGUCCCUGCAACCCCAGCCCACCCAGCCCAGGACCCGCCACCCCCUCGCCAUCCCGUCCCCGUGCCUGCGCCCAGCCACCCAGCCCCGCCACUACCGUCCCGUCCCCACACCCUGGCAGCGCCAGCCUGCCACCCAUGCCCGAUUGUACCCGUGCCCCAGUGCCCAGCCCUAG